CGUCCGCGCGGCGUUGUUUGACAGAAGACGACUUCGUGGUAGCGGCCACAAAAACUUCACAAAUUUGUAGAAAGAAAUAUUGUGUGGACAGAAAAUUAAAGUUUAUUUAUAUUAUUUUAAGUUAGAAACACGUAAAUCUGCAAAGACGUAAAAAUGGGCUUGGGCGAGCUGUUGCAGUUUGAUGAAAUGCUCCGCGAUUUUAACAGAAUGAACAAACGACAGUCACUAUACCAAAUAUUGAGCUUUGCGAUGAUUGUUUCAUCGGCUUUGAUGAUCUGGAAGGGUCUAAUGGUGGUAACUGGCAGCGAAUCGCCAAUUGUGGUGGUACUCAGUGGUAGUAUGGAGCCGGCUUUCCAUAGAGGAGAUUUGCUAUUCUUAACAAACUACAAGGAGGAACCAGUGCGUGUAGGAGAAAUUGUUGUGUUCAAAGUGGAAGGGAGAGAUAUACCUAUAGUACAUCGUGUCGUUAAGCUGCAUGAAAAGGAAGAUGGUUCAGUUAAAUUCCUAACUAAAGGUGAUAAUAAUAAUGUGGACGAUCGAGGUCUUUACGCUCCUGGACAACUGUGGUUGACGAAAAAAGAUAUUGUCGGUCGCGCCAGAGGGUUUCUUCCAUAUGUCGGAAUAAUAACUAUAUUUAUGAAUGAGUAUCCAAAAGUGAAGUGGGCAAUAUUAUCGAUUUUAGCUAUAUUUGUGCUUUUACAUCGCGAAUAAUAUCCAGCCACAAAUCACACAGUUAGAUAUAAGCAAAAAGGUAUCUACCAGGCCACGUACGUAGCAGAGGGCCAACAGUUAAAUUCGAAAACCGCAAACAGUCAUUGCCAUCGCAAUCAAAAUAUCAAUAACAACACCAAAAUUGGCAAUCGCAAGAGAAUUGUUAAAUUAAACAAGUGAAUAAAAAGCUGCAAACAUAAACAAAAGACCAUUGUGUGGUUGUUGCAAAAUAAUGAAGUGGUUAGCGAAAAUUCUUUUCACACAAGCAAAACAAAAUAAAAAAGAAUACAUGGAUUGUAAAAUUAUUUGGUUUGAGUACUUCCUCGGCUAUGCCAUUUCAUUUGUCGCGCAACGAAUUAUUCCAACAGUACAUCUCAUAUAAAUGGUUUGUGCAAACCUUCUGUAACAAACGUAAUAAUACAAAGAUAUAAAAAAGCAUUUUUAAAUUAUUAUCUAAGCACAUUAAAUAAAAUUUACGAAGAAUUUAAUAACGCCAACUUUUUUUUUGCUUAAAAAGCAGGCACGCUCAUUGGGCAAAAUUAUAGCAUAUUUGCCAAAAGAAGUUGUGGUCAUGUAAUUUUUGGUUCAAUUUAGUUGUUGUUUUAUGCUGUGCAUUUAAAAAAUAAGUGAAUGCAUUUAGUUUGUAUGCAUUUGUUAAAGACUUUGGUUUCGCGCUUUGCUUUUGUUUAAUUGAUACGCAAUAUAAAUAUGUAAGUUCAAUUAGCACAUAAAUAAAAUUGGCAUAGACUUCA